AUGCUUCGUUACAGCAAGCUUUGUUUCCCAAAAAUGGGAUGUGAGGAAAUCACCCGCAAGGCGAGGCGGGUGCAGAUUCGGCCAAUGGAGUACAUGGCGCAACACCGGAUGCAGGUGUGGCAGAUGCGUUUCAAGGAGAUGGGUCCUCCCUUCUCUAGAGUGUGGGUCGCACUUGGUGGAAAAAUGCGGCGGCGGCGUGUCGGCCGACAGGUAGAUGUCAAAGAUAUGCGGUACUACUGGAGGCCCAUAGAGCCGCAGUAUCAGCGUCUGUACAUGUCACGGCUUCGCCUUCAUGACCAUUCAAACAAAGCGAGACAGCCCAUGCGGCUUAGGGCCACCAAUCUGGACAUUGGGGCAACGAGUAGCUCAAUCGAAUGGGAAAGGGCCGCUAAUAGAAAGUAUGGUGCACGGCUAGCUCCACCAAAACGGCCUGAUUUUGAGUUCCGCGUUUUUUAA